UACAGAGGAUCAACUCAUUUGCAUGGAACUUUAGGAUAUGACAGCCCUUUUUCAUGUAGGCAUGUAGGACUGCAUAUGAAUAAGGUUAUGAUUUUAUAUUCAACAUUGUAACUUUCGUUUUCCUUAUUUGCAAAUAGAAACUGUUUUGACCAAACGUCAUGAGACGCGUCACUUAGGCUAUUGCGGUAAAAAGGGAUUCAAGCUAAACCUACAUCAGAAGUUUCAACAUGACAGAUAGGUUAAGACUAGCAAUGUCGUUCUCUACUCAAGUCGUGUUUGUGAAGAUGUCCCUACAGCUUUGCAUAAGUAACAUCCAGCAUAUCUUAACAACUGUCCUGGCAUGGAUAGGUGUGCGCGGUCCGCAGGUGCGGUUGACAUCUACAGGAAAAGUCAAUCUAGUGAAGGUGUUGCAAAAGAAUAUAUCUCAAACAGCGACAACUCCGAGCAGUGUCAAUUAUCAUUUUACUCGACAGUGCAAUUAUAAGUGCGGUUUUUGUUUCCACACGGCAAAAACGUCUUUUGUCCUGCCCAUUGAGGAAGCAAAGAGAGGUUUACAGCUUCUGAAGCAAUCAGGACUGGAAAAGAUUAACUUCUCUGGUGGAGAGCCUUUCUUACAGGACAGAGGUGAUUUCUUGGGUAAAUUAGUCCAGUACUGCAAACAAGACCUCCAUCUCCCAAGUGUCAGUAUUGUCAGCAAUGGCAGCCUGAUCAGAGAGAAGUGGUUCCAGAAAUAUGGCCAAUACCUGGACAUUCUGGCCAUUUCCUGUGACAGCUUUGAUGAGGACACCAACCAGACUAUAGGCAGAGCCCAGGGCAGGAAGAGCCACCUUGACAACCUCUUCAAAGUCCGGGAGUGGUGCCGGGACUACAAAGUGGCGUUCAAAAUCAACUCUGUGAUCAACACCUUCAAUGUGGAUGAAGACAUGAGAGAAAACAUUUCUGAACUCAACCCUGUACGCUGGAAGGUGUUCCAGUGUCUACUGAUCGAUGGGGAGAAUGCUGGGGAGAACAGUCUGAGGGAGGCAAAGAGGUUUGUCAUCAGCGAUCAGCAGUUUCAGGACUUCCUGGAUAGACACAGCACCAUCAGCUGCCUGGUACCUGAAUCCAAUCAGAAGAUGAGAGAUUCCUACCUCAUCCUGGAUGAAUAUAUGCGUUUCCUGGAUUGCAGAGAGGGGAGGAAGGAUCCAUCCAAGUCCAUCCUUGAUGUUGGCGUGGAAGAGGCCAUUCAGUUCAGUGGCUUUGACGAGAAGAUGUUCCUAAAGAGAGGAGGGAAAUAUGUAUGGAGCAAAGCUGACAUGCGGCUAGAGUGGUGAUCCACACAUUGUAAUCAAUUCCACUUUUUGUUUGUACUUGUGUGUGUGUUUUUAUUUGUAUAGACAGUUGUAUUUAAUGGAUAACAUAAAUAGGAAAACAAAUAAAAUAAUAACAGUAGGCUACA